ACCAAUGUAUAUUAUCAUUGGACUCCACAACACACAUUCAAAUCGUAGUGUAGACAUUGUAAGAUUUAAAAUAGUUUAGGAUUAUUUAAGGAUAGAUUUUUAAAUUUUAAUAUCGAUUGUAAGUGUAGCUCUUGUAGACUUCUGUCACUUCUGACCAGUCUGUCGACAAGAAAUGGGAAACCUCACAUUCUUACAGCGGGCGAUCCAGCCGAACUCCUCUGUCUGAUACUGUUUGGAAAAAUAGGGGCAUUUUUUACAUCCCGUUUUUUGAAAUUCAGAUAACCCUCUGUAAUAUACACUUUUUGUUUAAAAUUAUGGCUUCAUCUGAUGUUGCUCGGCAACUGCAGGACAAAAAUGCACGUCCUCUCUCCCUUUCUGGUCAUGUCGGUUUUGACAGCCUGCCAGAUCAACUGGUCAACAAAUCUACAUGCCAAGGCUUCUGUUUCAACAUUCUUUGUAUUGGUGAAACAGGAAUUGGCAAGUCCACCCUGAUGGAUACGCUUUUCAACACCAACUUUGAGAACUUUGAAUCGUCCCACUUUGAACCCAAGGUGAAGCUGCGGGCUCAGACGUACGACCUACAGGAGAGCAACGUACGGCUCAAACUGACCAUCGUCAACACCGUAGGCUUCGGCGACCAGAUGAACAAGCAGGAAAGCUACCAGCACGUAGUGGACUACAUCGACACCCAGUUUGAGUCCUACCUGCAGGAGGAGCUGAAGAUCAAGCGCUCUCUGCACAACUACCACGAUUCCCGCAUCCAUGCCUGCCUCUACUUCAUUGCACCUUCUGGACACUCUCUCAAGUCUCUGGACCUGGUCACCAUGAAGAAGCUGGACAGCAAGGUCAACAUUAUUCCAGUCAUUGCCAAGGCAGACACAAUCUCGAAGAGUGAGCUUCAUAAGUUUAAGAUCAAAAUCAUGAGUGAACUGGUCAGCAACGGUGUCCAGAUCUACCAGUUUCCCCUCGACGAUGAAACAGUCGCCACAAUCAACACCGCCAUGAACGGCCACCUCCCCUUUGCUGUGGUGGGCAGCACAGAGGAAGUAAAGAUUGGUAAUAAAAUGGUGAAAGCACGACAGUAUCCUUGGGGUGUGGUCCAAGUGGAGAAUGAGAAUCACUGCGACUUUGUGAAGCUGAGAGAGAUGCUGAUCUGUGUAAACAUGGAGGACCUGCGUGAGCAGACACACACUCGUCACUACGAGCUGUACCGCCGCUGCAAGCUGGAGGAGAUGGGCUUCAAGGACACGGACCCUGAGAGCAAGCCAGUGAGCCUGCAGCAGACCUACGAGGCGAAGCGGCAGGAGUUCCUGGGGGAGCUACAGAAGAGGGAGGAGGAGAUGAGGCAGAUGUUUGUCCAGAGGGUGAAGGAGAAGGAGACGGAGUUGAAGGAAGCUGAAAGAGAGUUGCAGGCCAAGUUUGAACAGCUGAAAAGGCUGCACCAAGAGGAGAAAAGCAAACUGGAUGAGAAGAGGAAGAUUCUGGAAGAUGAGAUAAACACAUUUAACAAGAAGAAGGCUGCCACCGAGCUCCUCCAGGCUCAGUCUUUUAACACUAAUGCCAACAUCAAAAAGGAUAAAGAUCGCAAAAACUCCGGGUUCAUGUGAAGAAAUGGGAUGGACACAAUGAGCGCUAACCCUGUAAUAGGUGACAUACACACCAGCAUCCUUUUAUGCUUCCUCCCUCAGUGUUAUUUAAAUAUUACAUUAAAAUCAUUUAGCAGACACUCUUACCCAGAGUGACUUCCGGCACAGAAGAACAGAAGUGUAGCUAUAGUGCUUAGUGCUGUCUACAUCCUAAAUCUUGACUGAUACAUGUAGUUUUUGUUGUCAUGCUGUGGAUAUAUUCCUUUUUUGGCUUUUUUAUUUUGUUCACUCCUCCAGUGCCAGUAUUUUCAUGUUACUCUUUUUUGUGAGAAUUACUUCUGUCACUAGCUUUGAGUUCAUUAUAAUAUGGAAGCAGAUUUAUCUUGGAGCACUAAAAACAAUCACUUCAGAUCAAUCACUGAAACAGGUUUUCAAAAAUGGAACCGUGUGAUGAACAAGC